AUGAAGAAACGAUUUUGGAGUAUUCUAUUUCUAUUCACUACAUGCUCCGCGAGCCCAUUCCCUUGUGGUCCCAGUUUCGUACCUUGCACCCAGAAAAGAGCAUUUUCCAGUUUGAUUCGUGAGUGA